CAGUAUAUAUUUAACAUGAGUAAAAGUAUUGCUUCUGAGAUCAUUGAAAAAUAUGAGCCUAUUGAAGAAGUUAAGCGAGCAAGCCAGAUGUCAUUUGAAGGCUUUUCAAGAUUCCUGUGCUCAUCUGAAUGCCUACUAUUUAGUAAAGAAUUUAACAAUGUUUAUCAAGAUAUGCACCAUCCAUUAAGUGAUUACUUUAUCUCAAGUUCACAUAAUACAUACUUGAUAUCUGACCAAUUAGUGGGGCCAAGUGACAUUUGGGGAUAUGAAAGUGCCCUUGUGAAAGGAUGCCGGUGUCUGGAAAUUGAUUGCUGGGAUGGAUCACAAAAUGAACCUGUUGUGUACCAUGGUUAUACACUCACCAGCAAACUCUUGUUUAAAACUGUUAUUCAAGCCAUACACAAAUAUGCAUUCAUAACAUCUGACUACCCAGUGGUGCUCUCUUUAGAAAAUCACUGCUCUCCUCCCCAACAAGAAGUGAUAGCAGACAUUUUGCAGUCUAUUUUGGGAGAUUCCUUGCUGUCUGAUAUACUUGAUGAUUUUCUAGACAAACUACCUUCACCAGAGGCAUUAAAAUUCAAAAUAUUAGUUAGAAACAAGAAAAUAGGAACUUUAUUAGAAACCCAUUCAAGGAAAGGUUUGGAUAAACAUGACAGUCCAGAAAAGGAAACAGAGUCAAAGACUUCAGCUGGAUUAAUGCUUUUCAGGAAAAAGAAGGUGAGGAAGGUAAAAGUGGCUUUGGCCCUAUCUGAUCUUGUCAUUUAUACUAAAGCUGAGAAGUUCAGAAGCUUUAGCUAUUCAAGAGAGUAUCAACAAUUCUAUGAAAGUAAUUCUAUUGAGGAGUCAACAGCUCGAAAACUUUCCAAGUUAAAAGCCCAUGAUUUUAUUCUUCACACCACGAAGUUCCUUACCAGAAUAUAUCCCAAAGCACUAAGAGCAGACUCUUCUAAUUUUAAUCCUCAAGAAUUUUGGAAUAUAGGUUGUCAAAUGGUGGCCUUAAAUUUCCAGACCCCUGGUCUGCCUAUGGACCUUCAAAAUGGGAAAUUUUUGGAAAAUGGUCGUUCUGGAUAUAUUUUGAAACCACGAUUCCUAAGAGAUAUUGAAACAGAGUUUAAUCCACAGAAAACACCAGAAGACAGCAAGCCAGUUACACUUACAAUAAAGGUUAUCAGUGGUAUCCAGUUGCCUCCCAGUAUUCAUUCAUCAUCUAACAAAGCUGACACGUUAGUGAUUAUAGAAAUUUUUGGUGUUCCAAAUGAUCAAGUGAAACAGCAGACUCAUGUAGUUAAAAAAAAUGCUUUUAGUCCAAGAUGGAAUGAAACGUUCACAUUUAUUAUUCAGGUGCCAGAAUUGGCAUUGGUACGUUUUGUUGUGGAAAGUCAAAAUAUAAUAGCCGAAAAUGAAUUUCUUGGGCAAUAUACUUUACCACUUUUAUGCAUGGGCAAAGGUUACCGUCGCGUUCCUCUGUUUUCCAGAUCUGGGGAGGAUCUCGAGCCUGCUUCACUGUUGGUUUAUGUUUGGCACAUCAGAUAGCAACUAAUAGUAUCUGACCCAUUGUUAGCUACAUAUCACAAUAAAAUGGCCAAAAUAAA